AUGGCGCCGUCCAGCGGCCACCAGCUCAUUCCGAAGGUCUGGCGAGUAGCUAGGUUCGCCUUCGAGAAGACCGCUCGAGCAAUCAGGAGCAGGCUUCCCGAUGCUCCUCAACCUCGCGCUCUACAGCUUCAACCAGCAUUUGUUCGUCCGCCUGUUCGGACGCCCGCAGACCGGAUUGCGGCUCUCAGGUCACAGACUCGUUCUUUCACGACUGUCCGGCUGUCAGCCCGCACAGCAUCCGGUAGAGCCACCCAACCUUUGAAAAUCGUCACUCAGGUUAGCCGCCUGACGACCAGAACUCCCUUUGCCUCCGCCUUACGCCCAAACCUAACAGGAGGUGCAUUCUGCCGGACGGCGGGGGGAUAUGCUAUCGGUGCCGGUAGGAUAGGUGGCGCGAGAUACUUCUCUAGCUCCCCCACUUGCCCGGCUCAAGUCAUCCAGAAUGUAUCUGCGGCAAUGCGUUCUUUCUGGCUGUCCGGCCAGAGAGUUCGCUUUGACGGUAUUGAUAAACGGACAGGUGCUAAAAAAUAUAAAGUUGUGACUGCACUGCAACAGGAGGCAGGCCGCAAGAUGGGCGCCAUCCCUACCACUGCCCCGGGAUCAUAUGUUGAUUUCAAGAUCUCUCCAACCAUCACGGCUCUUGGAUGCUUCAAGUCGAUGCAAAAGGAAUCAACUUUCCAAGCCAACGAGCAGGCCACUCUUAACUCUGCUGGUCUCUUGGACCUCCUCUCCGGAGACUUCGCUCGUGUGCUCAAGGAACUUGCCGCGGUGCUAAACGAUUUGAAGAAACUCGCUGCUCUCGGCGACCUUCCUAUAUCGUUACAUGACCAGUCUACCAUUCGUGUUCGGUUUCCAGGAUGCGAUGCAGAGACCGUGGAGCAUCUGUGUGUCGAGGCUGGAGUGCAGAGAGGAGUGGUUGGCCAGGACGAAGACUUUGAGAGCAGAAAUGGAGCCGAGAUGGCACUCCUUUUUCCCUUUGCUCCUAGCCAUCAACACUCCGAACCAGGGUCGUAUCUACGUGACAGUCCUCUCAUGCGGACACCAGAAUACGUUAACUGGCGGGAAAUGGUGCUCUCAAAAGAUUCUCUCUCCCCCUUUGGUACGCCUGGAGGAGACUUUUCUCUCAUAGACCUGUCAGAGGAGAACCCAUGGGCACGCCAACCCUCUGCAUUUUCGAGCGUAGGCAUUAGUGAACUCGGUGACCGAGAGUUCUUCCCCGAUAUCCGCUAUCCAACCCCUACGGUCUCUGACUAUGGAGGCAUCGAAGGCGUCUGCAGAUUUAUAGAGGAAUGUAACCGAGUCAGCCGCUGA